AACAAACAACACUAGCACAGCACGCGGCUUCUUCUACUUUUGACAACAAGCACCACCACCACGGCCCCAUCGCCACUGACCACAACAGCAACCACAACAGCAGCAAAAUAACGGCAAAACCCCACAAAGUCUCACCAGCCCAUAGGGAGACGCGGUAAUCGGUACUACUACUACUGCUACUACUAACCCACUCUUUCACGCGCGCCGGCUGCUUCGAAAGAGAGCCUCUCGCGCUUUCAUCUGAGUCGCAGUUGCAGCAAUAUCCAGUGCCCGACCCACUUCCCACGCAUAUACCCGAUCUCCUACACCGGUCUUCGCCAUGUCUUCCGACGAGUCCAUGUUCGACGGCGGUGACGACGACAGUGUAUUUUCGGAGUCCAUAGUCGAGAAGCCCACAAAGAAAGCCGCCGCUGCACCUGCGAAGAAGGCAGCAGCGCCAAGGAAACCGGUAGCACCAAAGACCACCACCGCCGCAAAGAAACGAGCAGCGCCCGGCGGCAGCGAGGAUGAGUCCGGCGCCUCAAAGAAGCCACGGAAGGCCCCCGUAAAGAAGGCGGCCCCCAAGGCGAAGACUAAGGCGAAGGAUUCGGACGACGACGAUGCGGACGCUCUGGAUUUCGAUGAUGAGGCGGAUGAGGAGCUGGGGGCCGCGAAUGGGAAGAAAAAGGCGUCGGAUACGUAUCAGAAGCUCACGCAAUUGGAGCACAUCUUGAAACGUCCCGACACGUACAUCGGAUCGGUCGAGCAAACAGAAAAGCAGAUGUGGGUGUUCGACUCGGCAACCGAGAAUAUGGCGUGGAAGACCAUCACCAUGGUUCCCGGUCUGUACAAGAUCUUCGACGAAAUUCUGGUGAAUGCUGCCGACAACAAGAUUCGUGAUGCAAAGAUGGACACGCUCAAGGUCACCAUCGAGAAAGAAAAGAAUGAGGUGUCGGUCUACAAUAAUGGAAGGGGUAUUCCUGUCGAACUCCACGACAAGGAAAAGAUUUGGGUUCCCGAGUUGAUCUUCGGGCACCUUCUCACUUCAUCGAACUACGACGACGACGAGAAGAAGGUCACCGGUGGUCGCAACGGUUACGGUGCUAAGCUUUGUAACAUCUUCAGUACGGAGUUCACCUUGGAGACCGCACACAAGGACUCCAAGAAGAAGUACAAGCAGACAUGGACGAACAACAUGGGUACAAUGGGGAAGGCUGCUGUCACCAGCAACGGGAAGGGGGAGGAGUACACCAGGAUCACCUUCAAGCCCGACCUGGCGAAAUUCGGAAUGUCCGAAAUGGACCAGGAUCUGGAAGAUAUCAUUAAGCGACGAGUGUACGAUAUGGCCGGUACGAUCAAGAACGUCAAAGUCUUCCUGAACGGCCAGCGAAUCGUCAAGGUCAAAAAUUUCAAGGCCUACUGUGAAAUGUAUGUCAAGGCCCUGCGCGAGGAGAGCGACGGCGAUGACAAGAUGGAAAUCAUCCAUGCGGUGGUCAACGAUCGCUGGGAGAUUGCGUUCGCUGUGAGCAACGGUAGUUUCCAGCAGGUUUCGUUCGUAAACAGUAUUGCCACCACCUCGGGCGGUACCCACGUCAAUUACGUUGCAGACCAACUCUGCGCAAAACUCGAGACGCACAUCAAGAGGAAGAACAAGACUGGAGCCGCCGUGAAGAAUGCCCAGAUGCGGAACCACUUUUUCCUGUUCGUCAACUGCUUGAUCGAGAACCCGGCGUUCACGUCGCAGACGAAGGAGCAGUUGACCACCAAGGUGUCGGCUUUCGGCAGCAAGUGCGAAUUGCCCGAGGACUUUGUCAAGAAGAUUGUCAAGACGGAGGUCAUCAAUAAUAUCAUCGAGUUUGCCAACAUGAAGGCAGACAAGGCCCUCAAGCGAGCGGAUGGAGGCAGGCGCACCAGAAUCCACAACCCUAACUUGACGGAUGCCAACAAGGCCGGCACCAAGCACAGUGAUGAAUGUGUUCUGAUCUUGACCGAAGGUUUGUCGGCCAGCGGCAUGGCAAGGACCGGUAUCGCCUCAAUCAGCGGACACGAUCGAUACGGUGUUUUCCCUCUCCGUGGUAAAGUUCUGAACGUCCGAGACGCGUCGCACGACCAGAUCGCGAAGAACGCCGAAAUCACCCAACUAAAGCAGAUUCUCGGGCUCAAGCACAAGCAGAACUACGAGACAACCAAAGAUCUGCGCUACGGACACAUCAUGAUCAUGACCGAUCAGGAUUACGACGGCAGUCAUAUCAAGGGGUUAUUGAUCAAUUUUUUUGAAGCCCAAUUCCCGAGUCUUCUCAAGAUCCCCAACUUCUUGAUCGAGUUCAUCACCCCUAUCGUCAAAGUGUACAAGGGAAACCUGAAAAAACCAACAAAACAACUCAGUUUCUUCACCCUUCCGGAAUACGAAUACUGGAAAGAGCAGAAUCAGGAAUCCGGCUGGAGGCACAAGUACUACAAGGGUUUGGGUACCUCCGGCGACGAGGACUCGAAGAUCUACUUUGCGGAUCUCGACAAACACAUGAAGUACUUCGAGCCUAUGAAGGAGGACGGAAAGAAGCUUAUUGAGCUUGCAUUCUCCAAGAGCAAGGCCGACGAACGCAAGGAAUGGCUGCGCACCUAUGUGCCGGGUACUUACCUGGAUCACUCGGUGGACAUGAUCACGUAUCCGGAUUUCGUCAACAAGGAGCUGAUCCUGUUCAGUGUUGCUGACUGCGCGCGAUCAAUCCCGUCCGUUGUCGAUGGGUUGAAACCAGGUCAGCGGAAGAUCUUAUUUGGUUCGUUCAAGCGAAACUUGAAGAACGAAAUCAAGGUUGUUCAGUUGGCUGGUUACGUCUCUGAGCACACUGGUUACCAGCACGGAGAAGUCUCGCUGCAGUCAACCAUCACUGCGAUGGCUCAGGUUUUUGCUGGUAGUAACAACGUCAAUCUUCUGGAUCCGUCCGGUAACUUCGGUUCUCGUCUGCAGGGUGGAAAGGAUGCGGCGAGCGCUCGUUACAUUUACACAUCGCUCUCGCCGUUCGCGAGGAAAGUGCUGCCCCCGCACGACGAUCGUCUGUUGAAGUACCAGUUUGACGACGGCGACAAAAUUGAGCCGGAGUGGUAUGUUCCCGUUGUGCCCAUGCUUCUAGUCAACGGCACGGAAGGCAUUGGAACCGGUUGGAGCAGCAGCAUUCCCAGUUACAAUCCGGAAGACAUCGUCGACAAUCUGCGGCGCCUGAUGGACGGCAAAGAGCUAGAAACCAUGACUCCCUGGUACCGCGGCUGGACGGGCACCAUCGAGAAACUCUCUGAGCAUAGGUUUAAGUUCAGCGGCGCCAUCAGGCAGAUCAAUGAGCUUCAAGUUGAGGUUACAGAACUGCCAAUCAAGAUGUGGACCCAGAACUUCAAGGAAAAGCUCGAAGAGAUCAUUAAGGGCGAGAAGACACCCAGUUUCAUCAAGGACUACGUCGACUACAAUUCGCCCUCCAAGGUGCAUUUCAUCAUUACCAUGAACUCCGAGGCAGCGAUGCAGCAGGCUCUCGACGUGGGAUUGGUCGAGAAGUUCAAGCUUAGCAACACCGUCGCUACAACCAACCUAGUCGCAUUCGACCCUCAGGGGAGGAUCAAUAGGUACAAUUCGGUCGAGGACAUCCUAAAGGAGUUCUAUCUCAUCCGUCUGAAGUUCUACCAGAAGCGGAAGGAGGUUCUGUUGGUGGAUUUGAACCUUGAACUCCAGAAGCUCAGCAACCAGGCGCGUUUCAUACAGAUGAUCAUCAAGAAAGAGUUAAUCGUCGCCGGUAAGAAACGGCCAGAUAUCAUCGCCCAGCUGCAGAAGCACAACUUCCAGCCGUUCUCGAAGAAGAAGGAGGCCGAGAUGGCGGGAGAGACUGAGCCGGCGCUCGAGCUCGACGAGGACGGUGAAGCGGUGGAGGAGGAGAGUGCUGCGGCUGCGGAAAAUCCUGGCGACAGCUACAAUUACUUGCUUGGCAUGGCCAUCUGGACUUUGACGUGGGAGAAAGCGCAAAAGCUUCUCGCUGACGUUGCGGAUAAGGAGAAGGAAAUUGAAAUUCUCAUGGGAAAGUCUCCCAAGGACCUGUGGAAAACCGAUCUCGAAGAGUUUAUCACCGAGUGGAGACAUCAGCUCGAGGAGGACAUCAGACUUGCGCAGACGGUAGUCAAGAAGAAGUCCGGCGGAAGGGCUGGCGCAAAGGGCCGAGCCGUGAAGGGGAAGGGGAAGAAGAAGGAUGACGAUACAGAGGACGAGUACGAUGCUUCCCCGAAACGGAAGAAGGCGGCUCCCGCGAAGAAGCAGGCGACAUUGCCAUUCGCGGCGGAGAGGACGGAGAAGAAACCUGCUGCCCGGGCCGCAGCAAAGAAACCGCCAAUAAUCCUGGAUGAUGAUGAUGCACUCGAUGACUCCGAUUUCGACAUGUUGGAGGUCACCGCCCCGAAGAAGGCUCCCCAGCCAGUGAAACCCAAAGCCGAGCCGGUCAAGCCGAAGGCGGACGAGUUCGAUGACGACGACCUGGAUUUCAUCCACAAGUUUGAGACGACCAAGAAAGUCCAGCCAAAGGCCGAAGACAAGGAAGGUGACGACUUUGCUACAGCAGACGAAGGCCCGACUACGAAAUCCGAAGCGGACGAUUCGGACUUGGAACUGCUCCCCAACCCCAAGGCGAAGCCCGUACCUAAGAAAGCGGCUGCUUCAGUGAAGUCUGAAGAUGUCGAUUCGGAUUCGGACCUUGCUCCUAGGCCCAAAGCGAAGCCCGUUCCCAAAAAGGCUGCUGCAUCCGCGAAGCCUACUGCAAAGCCCAAGACCACCGCCGCUGCCAAAGCGGCACCCAAAGCGAAGCCGGUUGUCGACCUGUCGGAUUACGACCUGUCUAGCGAGGAAGAAAUUGCCCCCAAGCCGCGAGCCAAGCGUGCUGCAGUUAAGAAGCCGAUCCUCAUGUCUUCGGACUCGGAAGACGACCAACUGGGCGACGUGAGCGCGCUGGUCAAGGGUGUUGGUGAUGCGAGCGCUGUUUCUACUGCUCGCCCCUUGUUCUCCUCCAAGCCCACUGCUCCCGCCAAGAAGCCCACUCCCAAGAAAGCCGUCUCGAUCUACGACUUCGACGAAGGCGACGAGAACGACUUUGCGCCCCCACCAAAGCCAGCAGCCAGAUCUAAGCCAGAGCCCAAGAAGGCUGCCGCCGUACCAGCCAAGAAGGCAGCUGCCCCCGCCAAGCCCGCCGCCCCCAAGCCUCGCGCAAAGAAGAUCCUAGAGUCGGAAGACGACGAGUCGGACAUGGACUUGGACUUGGAUAUCGACCGCACCGUGGACGACCUGCUAAGCUCCGACAUCGAGAUCAAGCCCAAGGCUGCGAAACCCAAGGCUGCUGCUCCUCCUGCCAAGAAGGCUGCUGCUCCGCCGCCAAAGAAGGCUGCACCACCACCGAAGAGCAAGCCGGCCCCUGUCGAUGAGGAAUCGUCGCCGCCGGUUAGGGCUAGAACGGGACGUGCGGCGGCUGCGAAGGCGAAGUACCGCAUCCUUGAUUCGGACGAGGACGAGGAGGAGGACGAGGAGAGUGAGGACUCGUAUGGCGAUGAUGAUGGCGAUGAUUAGAUGGUUGGCUGAUUGGAUUUGGUGUUGGUGUUGGUGUUGGUGUGGGUUGGUGUGGGCU